AUGAGCAGACCAGAAGAGAAGAGGGGCAGACCAGAAGAGAAGAGGGGCAGACCAGAAGAGAAGAGGAGCAGACCAGAAGAGAAGAGGGGCAGACCAGAAGAGAAGAGGGGCAGACCAGAAGAGAAGAGGGGCAGACCAGAAGAGAAGAGGUGCAGACCAGAAGAGAAGAGGGGCAGACCAGAAGAGAAGAGGGGCAGACCAGAAGAGAAGAGGGGCAGACCAGAAGAGAAGAGGGGCAGACCAGAAGAGAAGAGGGGCAGACCAGAAGAGAAGAGGGGCAGACCAGAAGAGAAGAGGGGCAGACCAGAAGAGAAGAGGGGCAGACCAGAAGAGAAGAGGGGCAGACCAGAAGAGAAGAGGGGCAGACCAGAAGGGAAGAGGGGCAAACCAAGGAGAAGAGGGGCAGACCAGAGGGAGGGAGAUAACGUGUCGUGGAUGGGGGGGAAGAACGAGUUCCUGGGCAUCGCUUACCUGGUGAUCGGCUCGCUCUGCCUGGUCAUGUCUCUGGUCAUGCUCAUCGUCUACGCCAAGUUUAAGUUCCCUGAGGAGGACUAG